CUCCCCCUCUCCCCCUCCCUUCCCCGGCGGUUCUCGCUGUGUGCCCGGGCGGGUGGCGGUGCCCGGGGUGCAGGGCCAGCGAGAGCCGCGUGUGGUGCGGGCGGUUCGCAUCCAGCAGCAUCCCGGGCCGCGAAGGGCGCUGGGGCCGAGGGGCAGCACAGCUGGGCCUGCACCGUGACCUUCCCCUCCGCGGAUCUUUUCCCCGUUCCUUGGCGCGGGGGCCUGUGGAUCCCUGUCCCGAGGGACUCUGUGGGCUCUGGUGCGGUGCCCUCUGCGCUGUGAGAGCAGGCUCGUGGCCGUGUGGUUUGCGGUGACUGAAGUCUCCGUCCUCCUCCCAGGAGGCAGCAGGAAGACGCACAGCGUCUGUUUGAGAAGCACCAGCAUGGAGGAGCCCACGGGGAGGUUUCCCAUCCGGAGAGACGUCAUCCUUUCUGAGUCGUGCUGUGGUCAUGACACCAUAACAAACCUGGUGGAAGUGCUGAGAUCUUUGGUGGCUUUAACUGACCCUCAGGAGGGGAAGCUGACUCAGUCUCAAGAGAAAGCACUAAACUCACUGGGCAUUUGGAAAAUUGUAUUUAGAGUCGUUCCUGGGCCUAUAUCAAAGACCUCAGUGGAGUGAGAGCUCGAAGAUGGGAGACCAGGAGGCAGGUGAACCUUUUCUGGGGAUAGUGGCUGAUGGUGCCAGAGACUUCGAAGGAGCUUUGCCCUCAGACACAGUGUCACUCAGCGAUUCUGACUCGGAUGACUUGGGGCUGGCUGGUGAAGCAGAAGUUGAUACAAUAUCUCCUGAGGAGCCAUCUGUAGAUGAAAGGGAUUUCACAUCGGGAGAGACUCCCAACUCUUCACACAGCGGUCACAGAUCUCCUGUCCAGCCAUUCCAUCUGAAGGGCAUGAGUUCUAUGUUCUUUCUCCGUAGCCAGAGCAUUUUUUAUUGCCUAGAGGAGGCAGCCAAGCAGUCUGUGCCCUCAAUGCCUGAAGAUAAUGUUGUUGAUGGGAGGUUUAAGCGUCCAUUGCCUCCAGCAACAGUUUCAGGUAACGUGGUCCCAGAAAACAUGGGAAGGGAAGCCAGGCCAUUGCAGGCUCCCAAAACCUCUCAGGCAGUACCUGACUAUGUGGCACACCCAGAACGCUGGACCAAAUACAGCCUCGAGGGGGUUUCUGAGUCCAGUGACAAGACUAACAGGGCGGUGGCCAUGGACUUCCUGUAUGGUUUGAAGAAAAGAGGGGAGCAACAGAGCUCAGCUACCCAAGAUAGUUACACCCCGUCCUUCAACCAGGACCCUUCCAGCUGUGGAGCUGGGAGGAUUGUCUUCACCAAACCAGCUAAAAGAGGUGUUGAUGGACUGGAAAAGAAAACAUCAACAGGGGAGGAUGAUAAGAAACAGGUGAAGACAGAUCUGAAAGGAAAAUCUCUUAAGAAGACUGAUGACAUGAAGGAAGAAGAUAAGGUUGAGCUGGGGCACUUAGACAGUGACAGUGGAAAGGCAGCAGAGGAGGAGGAGUGCAUGAUGGAGGGGGACCAGAACACAGAAUAUAAACCUGAGGCAAGGCUUAGUGAUGCAGGUGAAGAGCCAUCGCUGGGACCAGUUGGAUUUCACUGCAGUAAGAAAAAAAGCAGGAAAAAUUUCCGACCUAAAGUAGAUGAUGAAGGGGAGGAGGAAGAGUCCUGAAGGAUGAAACACAUUGGAGACAUCCCAGGACUUGUCUUGUUCAUUUUUUCUCUUUUAUUUUUUUUUUUUUCUGAUCUGAAAACCACGUGAUAACUUUUUGUCCAACAGUUUGCAUCAUAGCCACCAAGAACGUUUUAUAUCGUGAGAAAUUAAGCUACCUAAAAUAAACUCCAGACUUUUUGCUUAUGAGAAGUCCAUGGGCACGGGAUAGUUGCAUCUUGGCAGGAGAGAAUAAAGUGUGUUUUGUUUACUCAAACAGCUCCCUGGGUCUUUCUCUGGAGCUGAAGUAUCCAAAGUAACAAGUGUUAGCUGAAAGGCUGCAGGGCUUCCUAGUAAACUCCCAGUUUUGGAGUAGUUCCCAAAUCCUGUAGAAUCCUGGAGAAAAGUUGAUAAGCUCAUGAUGUAGAGAUUUUUAAACAAUUAAAUCAAAAUCUAGUCUUCCACUGGAUGUGAUUUCUCCUGGCCAUGUCCCAGGAAGGAAAACCCUUUAACUUUCUUGUUUAAAAACAUCCUUCUCUCAUUGCCGUUGAGGGUGAAAGUACAACAGUGCCCAGUUAUAUGGUGUGAUGAUCUGCACCUUUGUAUGUCCUUUCCAGGAGAUGCUGAUUCCAUAUUGUUUCUGUAUGUGAAUUGGGGUAUUUGUGGGAUUGAGAUACUUAUACCAGAAGUGGAGACUUUUUUUCUUCUAUGUGAUACAAUAAACUUUCAGUUGUAAUUUGAUUUCAUCUCUGAACCACACUGAGUAAUGCAGCUGUAGGAGUUUUACCAAAUAUUUGAUUUCAAAACUGUCUUGAAAACCUUUUAAAGUGUUACUCUAAUUUUGCCAUCUUGUUAACUUCUCCCUCAGGUCUUACAGAUGCUAAACUUCAUAUUUUUAAUGUUUUCAAUAAUUUUACAAUGUAUAAUCCCCUCAUAGGAUGAGUCAUCUCAUACAAUGAAUCACAUUGUAAGGAAUGUCAAAUAUUGAAUUUAAAAAUGUGGAUUUUUCCACAGUGUUAGUAAAUUUAAUAAAUAAGGUUGAAAGAUUAAAUUCUUUGAAAGGUUACAUGAUUUGAAACUCAAAUUAGUUCAGGUCAGUUUGAACUGACAUUUUUUUUGUCGGUAUUCUAAAUGAACCAAUCCCAAGGGUAGUAUUUAUAGCUGUGUAGUGAAAGAUUAAUUCUUAAGAGUUUGUGCUAUUUCUUGGUAGAUUGUGCUUGCCCAAACUCUGAAGGGUGUUUGAGGGGGUGACUUCCACUGGGGGGAGUACAUCUUAAUAAUUAACUGGGAGGACCAAAUCCCUUGGGCUGUGUGUUUAAACAGAUGCAUCAUUUGGCAGAAGAAGCAGAAAACGUUGUAAAAGGAUCUAUUGUGUUCCAUUUUUCUGAGUUCACCUUUCAGUUUUUGGAGCAGAAUGUAUUUUCUCACGAGUGUGCAGUUGGAUGCGCAUUAUUUAGUGGGUCAUUGGUAAAUACAUUGGUUGUUCAGUGCAUGUGAGUGGACACACAGCAAAUCCAAAUGGAUAGAUUAUGGGUUCCAGUGGAUAAUCACGAUGAAAAUAGUAGCCAUUUCAAUGUGGAAGCUGCUGGCAAGAGCAGGGAAUGCUGGUUGUGAGAUACCUGUUAUGUCUUAACAAAAAAAUGCAGUUCAGUAGUACAAACUUACUGGGUUUAUGAGUUCUGCUUGCCCAGGAUGAGGAACAGGUAGGACUAUCAAAAUUCCUUCAGUGCUAAUGGAGUCACAGGCCUGGGGCACAGCUGAAUAAACUGGACAAAUGCCUGUUUCGUGAAGCCAUCAUAACAAGAUUAAUAUCUGUUAAUAAAAGGCUCAUUUUGUCAGAGCUGAGAUUUAUUUUUUUUUCCACCUCUGGUAACAGAAAGCUUUUGUGCAAUCUACAAUUACAUUGCAUAGAGACAAUAUUAUAUGUGUGAGGAAAGGCAGUUGCAGCUUAUCAGAGUCAGACACAGCCCAGUACUUCCCCCUUCUGAUGCUGUUUGUAUUAUUUCAAAGAAAUAUCCCCUUAGAGGAUGAUACUGAUAUUUUAGUGGUAUAUCUUGCAAAAUCCUAAUAAAGCCAGCGAGCACUUGUAUGCUAAAAAUGUACAAGCCAGUUUAAGUAAUGGAAAAAGCCACAAACAAACUAAAUUCCUAAACUGUAGGAUAAUUCUUGGUACACAUUCUUGUUUUAAAGUCUCUUAAGUGAUUUCUUUUUUGCCCCCUGACCCUUGAGAAAGAAAAGUAAAAUGAAAUUGGAUGCUUAGAUGUACAGGAGGCAUUCCAUGUGGCGUGGUACAUGGAGACAAAGGCUCCUUUCCAGCAGGAAACUGGCAGCAGUGUGGUGGGGCAUGGGAACAACAAAGAUCAGGUGAUUCCGGUCUCUGAGGUUGAGUAAGGAGCCCCUUAAGAAGGAAUACCAGCAAAGGAAUACCUCACAGGAGCCAGUGUGGGAAGAGAAGCUGGUGAGUGCAAUUGUUUGAGAGUUGCAGGAACUCCAGGAACUGUACGGAUUGUAAUGUUUCAGUGUUCAGGCCCUUUCCUUGGAAACUAGUUCUUGAUUUCCUUUUCUAAGCAGCUCAGGAAUACAAGCUUGGUUUCUUGGCCAAGGAAGGAUCUUGUUUUUAAGUGCGUAAAUGAUUGCCCUUAGAAAGGGAGACUCCCUUGAACAGAGAAGUGUGGAAUUUGGCAGCGAUGGUGGAUUGAGGGUGUGGUAUCUGGAUAACAAAUGGUAUUUAGAAAAUAAGGUGGUGGAGUCACGCUGGAGGAGAAGGCUUUAGUGCUGUUUGUGGAAUGGUUUUGGAGGAAGGAUUGCGUGCUACGGGAGCAGCAGGAAAGAAAGCCCAGGAAACUGAAGCAGAAAGACCCAAGAAAUCCUCAGUAAUGUCAAGUGCUGAUAGUGCAUAGCAUAGAGAGCUUGUUGCCCUUAGGCCUUCAAAAGAUGAUGAUUUUACUCCUACAGCAGUUCAACAGGACAAAAGGUUUAAUGUGAAGAGAUAGAAUAAAAUUUAAUUAUCAAUGUAUUCGAUGUCAGUCUCAAACUGAUCUGCACGCUCUUCUCUUUCACUUCUUUGCAGCAAAGGUGCUUCUGUGUUGACACUCUUCACACCUAAUAGUAUUGGAAAAGUAGUGCUUGCUUAAAAGACUUAGGACAAGGGGCACAUAGUAGUAAUUGCUUAAGAAACUUUAAAAUGUUGGAAAAAAAAGGCACUGUGAAUUGUCUUACUUUACUCAGUAAAUGAUAAACAUAGGCUUAUUUUUCAGCUGUUUAAAUUUCUGAUUUUUUAUGCAGUUACAGUAUUAAAGUGUCUGGGAAGCCUACUAUGGGAUGGAGGUUUUUUUUAAUUGGAAUACUGGUAAUGAAUCCACUCACAUAAGUAUUUCAUAAACGUCUGACAGAAUUAAGUAGAGCUUAAGGUUAGCUCAAAUCUGAGUGACUUGAGGUCUUGUCACGACUUUGAGUUUUCCAGUUACUUCUUUUUUCUAUGUAGUAUAUAUAUGCUCAGUUUAGGGAUUUUGGAGGCUACCUUGUGUAAUAGAUAGCAAUAGGUAGGUGUUAAAAAUAUGUCAUUAAGAAGGAUAUCCAAAAUCUUUAUUGCGUUGGCUAUCCUGCAGCGGCUGAGAAAUAGUUUGUUCCUGUCUCUAAUAAUUUAAGCUCCAUACAGUGACGCCCUGGGACACAGGACAUGAUAGGACAUGAUUCUUAACUGACAGAAAUAGGUGCAGCUCUAAAGGCAAAUUAAUUCUGUUAAUUAAAAAAAAAAAAAAAACUAGGAUACUUGCUUAGUUUUUAUUUUUAAUUAUUAUUGUUAUGCAUUUUAAAUACUGUUGUAGUACUUCAGAAGGAUUGUCUAUCUCAUGGACUCAAGAAACCCCCAAGGCAAUCCUCUGUUGCAAAUAGAUACUUGUUUCUGUGCUUGAACUGGGUGAGAAUUAUUCUAACUCACCCUAAGUGACAGUCCUUGCCCCAGAGCUUUUAAAUGUAUUUUACAAAAGGUAUUUUUUUCAUUCUGAAGUAAGAAUAUUCUGUUCCCUCUUUAUAUUCCCAUUACCUCUAGGAUUCUCCUUAUGGGGUUAUUUUCCAAUCAUUUUUUUUCCUCACCUUGUAUUUUUUUUUAAUUACAUUGUUCAGCUGUAUUAAUUAGCUUUUCUGUUAUUGUUUUUAAGUACUUACAGGUGUAGUUUGGAGCUGGUUGAGUGCACAAGAGGUUGGUUUUGGUUAAAACCUCUGCCAUGGAGGCGAUAACAGCUGUACAGUAGCAAAUCUACAAAAUAGGUAAUGAUUAAAUACCUGCCCUUUUUUGUGAGUGUAUUACAUUACCUCAAGCUGGCACAAACUUACUAAAGCAUUUCUUGUGUGUUUCUGUUGGACCUGUAUAGCCUGACUUUUUUCAGGAAGCCAUAAAAGGGAUAAGAAGGGAGCAGGAAACUGUAGCAGGAGUAUUGAGAUAAAGAAUUUUCAGCAAGGCCAAAAUUAUACAGAAGAGUCAUAGAGAUAAAGAAAACAAUAAGAGUUGUGCUACAUAGCAGGUGGUUUAACAUUUUCAGACUGUAUAAGAAAUGUUGUUUGUUUAUAUUGCAAGGGUUUGUCAUCAAAAGCACAAGACAGAAUUUCCUACUAUUAUAAUUGUGUGCUGGACACUUCCCUUUUGAGAUGUUGGUACCUGGUAUCUUAAGAAAAUUAGAAAAACUGAAAGAUUAGGUCAGAUCAGACAGAAUGUGUGUAUUUUCCAAGCUGACAUUAAAAAAAAAAAAUAAUAAUAAUAAUUAGGAGAAGGACAAGAAUGGAGGGGGGAAGAUGAAAUGUUUCAUUCCAGAAGCAUCCUUAACAAAGGAAAUAAACGCUGUCAAGUAAACUACCAAAGAGAGCAAGAAAUGUUGUAUUCCAUUUUCUCCUUUCUACAGGAGUUAAGUUUUUCUUUACAUAUGUUUAUCACCAGAAAGCAAUUAGGAAAGUGAAACCAUAAUACAGACACCUUUUCCCAUCCCUUUAUCCCUAAGUAGGGUUGUCCAGACCACCAUUAAAUGAGAGAAAGAUGGUAAAAUCCUAAAGUGAAUAUAAAUGCCUAGAAAAUACGACUUACCUGGGCUUCCAGAACUUUAAAUCGUUUUUCUUGUUCUUUCAACCCACUAAAAUACUUAGACAAAUUAUCCACCCUGUGGAAAGAAAGCAAACACCUUGAGCAAAAAGGAGAGGCCUCAGAAGAAAUCAUAAAACACAAACCACAUGUAACUUUACUACACUCGUGGCCCUUCACUGCAGUUCUGUGCUGCUUAGACAUCCCACAGCUCCCUAAAAGUUUCGUCCUUUUGAGGUGUUUGUGUUCACAGAAGUAUUUUUUGGGCGGAGCAGUAUCUCUGGAACACUCUCAUGCACCUGUUGUCCAGGGAAUCACAAAUGACAGAUUCAAUUUCAAUGGAAACUGAUCCUGGUGUGAGAACUCAGGCUACAGCAGAGAUAAGCCACUUAAAAUUUACGCAAGCUUUCAUUUCUGGAAAUUGUUUUGACAGUCAAAUGCCUUUUUUCAUGCAGUGCAAAGGGACUGCUUAAGGAACUUCCAUAUAGUGCCUCCAAAUCACUGAAUUAUCUCCAUGCUUUCAGUAUCCUUCACCUGUUCUCCCAUCAGUUCCUUAUUCUUAGUGUCUGAUUCCUCAUAGGCUUGGCAAAUCCCUCUCUGGUUUCUCCUAGAUAUUCUUUUAAAUUUCCCUUUCACAGGCUAUGUUCUAAUCCCAUCUAUGUGAAAAACCUGCUACUGGGUGGGUCUAAUGGAUUUUGAGAUUGAGUGCAAACAAAGUUCAAAGAAUCACUUCCUGAGGGCUUCUUACAAUUUCAAAAUCACACUGCUACCACCUAAGAGCAGCAAUAAAAAACAUGGGAGUAGUGGUGUUCAUGUGAAUCUCUUCCAAUCUUUCUCUGGCUCUGCUAUACCUGAAAUAUUGUGAAGCCAGGUGGAUUCUCACUUUUCCCCUCCACUAAUUUCACAAUGUACCAUCUUUAUUAUUUCUUAUAUAAAGGAUAUAGUACCCUUUGUUUGGAAGCAAUUACACAUAUAUUUAUUGCAUUAUCUCAACAAUUAAGCUCUCACUCCUAGGGUUUGUCAGUGAUCUGCUUAUGAGAAUAAAGUUUAAACCUUUAAAUCAUUCUAAAUUAUUAUGAAUUAACGGGCUAUGUGAAUUACAGGGAGAGGAGUAUUUUCCAAGAAGGUAAGUAUGCUGUUCUGGUUUCCAGCUAUUCUCUGAGUUGGAGAGAUGGAGGUUUAUUUUGAAAGCAAACAGCACAGGAACAUUUCCAUGGAACUUUCUUAUUACGGUAACUUUCACACCCAUUGCACCUCUAUUUGAAGUCUGUUUUAUUGUAAGAGAAAACAGCUGGAAUAUGUGUUAAAAGCUUAUUUAAGGAGUGCUUUUCUGUCUUAGAUGUCUCUGUUCUCCCUGCAUAUAAGUACUUUGUGUCUCACUUAAAGGUUUAAACUUCUGAAAAAUAAUUCAGGACUUCUGCUUUAUCAGACUAAACCAAUUCAAGUGAUAUUCCUAGUGGGGAAGUAUAGAAAAGUACACAAAUGGAGACUCGGUCCCAUGCCAUAAAGGCGUAAGUAUUUGUUUUUCUGUAUCUGUGGCUAAUUCAAGGUAUCUUAAACUUCCAUUCAAAAGUCAGUUUUAUUCCUACAUGGGAUGAAAUUACGUGUGCCUCAGUUUGGCACACAAACUGGAUUUCCACCAUUUUCUUCAUUAUUAAGAUUUUCAUUGAGCUUGGCUGUCGAUUUGGCUGGAACUUGCAGGUCUAUAAUUGUACAUACUUCAGGAGUAACAAAAACUGUAAUACUGUAGUGAUGCUGGCCUCUCACAUUUUUUCAUGGACUGUGUAUUUCCUAACUUCAUUCCAGCUGGACCCUUUAUAAAAGCUUUACUAGAACUUCAAUGCUGAACUCAUUGAAAACUGGAGGCUUGCAAAUUACUCUUACUUGGGUCAGAAUAACUUACUUAUUAGAUGUGGCCUUCAGCCUUUCUUCAUUGCUUUCUUUCUUUUCUUGCUCAAGGUUUACGAGAUAAUGUUCUUUUUGUACCAGCUCCCAUGUUAUGAUUUUUUGAUCGAGGCCCACUGGAAGAUCUCUUUCUGUGGGAAAAAUAAGAUAAAAAAUAUAUUUUACCCCUCUUUCUCUGAUACUAGUAGUGAAAAGUUGAUAUGCUAAAGGAAGGUUGUUUUUAGGGUUAAUAAUUGCUAAAACUCAGUGAAGUAACUAUUCAUUUAACCUAUCAAUUAUUAAAUCUUCAGAAAUCAAAUCCUUACAACCCAUUUUAUAUUGCUACCUUUGUUGUAAUAAGGAUGUUGCAUCAAGAAAUGUACUGUGGGAAACUAUUGAUAGUUUAAAUUAUAAAUAAUUUAGGGGUUUUUUGUUUGUUUGUACACUCCUGGAACUCUUUGUUAAAAAUAAAGCGUGGCUCUCGGCUAAAGGAAAUCCA